AUCCUUUGUUGUGAAAUUUUCUUUGAAACCCGAUCGAAGUAUCCCUAUAUGCAAGCGCGAAUUGAAAAAAUAAUACGCAAGCUCGAAAUAAUUUAGAUCAACGAAAUAAAACAAUACAUGGAAGCAAACAGCAUAAGAAUUUAAUAUUUAUAAAGUGCAACUCUACAAUCUCGAAAAUGGAAUACAUGGAUAAGGAUAGAUCAUUGGCCACUGCUACAACGGAUGAUGUCGAAGAAGAAGAGGAGGAGGGCGGACCGAUUCCCAUUACAAAAAUAGAAGUAAAUGGUAUUACAGCCAAUGAUAUAGAAAAAUUAAAAAAUGCUGGUUUCCAUACAGUGGAAUCUGUGGCAUUUGCUCCAAGAAAAGAACUUCUGGCCAUCAGGGGAUUUUCGGAUAGUAAAGUCGAUAAACUUGUCGAAUAUGCCUACACCAUGGUACCCAUGGGUUUUACAUCCGCUCUCAGUUUCUAUCAGAAACGUUCAGAGAUUAUAAUGCUAACCACAGGCUCCAAAGAGCUGGACAAACUAUUGGGAGGCGGUAUAGAGACUGGUUCGAUUACAGAACUAUUUGGAGAGUUUCGUUCGGGAAAGACGCAACUUUGUCACACAUUGGCGGUAACAUGUCAGCUGCCAAUCAGUCAAGGUGGUGGUGAAGGCAAAUGCUUGUACAUUGAUACUGAAGGUACAUUUAGACCGGAACGGUUAGUGGCCAUGGCCGAUCGUUAUAAAUUGGUAAAGGAUGAUGUACUCGACAAUGUUGCAUGUGCCAGGGCUUUCAACUCCGAUCAUCAAACCCAAUUGUUAAUGCAGGGUGCCGCAAUGAUGACAGAAUCAAGAUAUGCUUUAAUAAUUGUAGAUAGUGCGACAGCCUUGUAUCGUACCGACUAUGCAGGACGCGGCGAAUUGGCUGCACGUCAAAUGCAUUUGGCGCGAUUUUUACGUUUAUUGUUGCGAUUGUCCGAUGAAUUUGGUGUUGCUGUUGUAAUUACAAAUCAAGUGGUAGCCGAGGUAAAUGGUGGUGCAUCCAUGUUUCAGGCUGAUGCCAAAAAACCAAUUGGAGGCAAUAUUAUAGCGCAUGCCUCGACCACACGUCUGUCAUUGCGAAAAGGCCGUGGUGAUACACGUAUAUGCAAGAUAUAUGAUUCACCUUGCUUACCCGAAUCGGAAGCAAUGUUUGCUAUCUUACCAGAUGGCAUAGGUGAUGAAAAGAGUAAUUAUGGUUACGAACAUUAAAUAAGAGUACAUAUUUAUUAAAUAGUUAGUUUAAGGCAUUUGUUUACAAUUUCAUUGAGUUGGUUGAUAUGACAAUUUCUUUUUGUUGGAACAAGUCAGCUAAACUUUUUUGAUGAGAACUGAUCACUUUGUUUAAUAAAGUAUAGCGAAAAAUUAA